GUAUCAUUCUCAUCAAAACUGGAUUUAGCAAAAUAACCUGGAAUAAUAUUAACUGAGCGGCAACUGAUAUCUUGAUGCUGUAUGAUGAAUAAUGAGCAUUGGAUGGUAACACUACAGAAAAUUUUCUAUCCAUUUUUGGCUGUUAUUGGAAUCCCAUCAAAUGUACUCACACUACUAAUUUUCUGGAAAAGAGAUUGUGGGCUUUCACCAUCUUGCCGUUGUUACAUGAUAGCAAUGUCUAUAGCAGAUACAAUGGUCCUCUUCCACAUCGUCAUCCUUGAACUAAUUCUGCAACAUUUUACAACUGAACCUUUUUGGAACAGAGCUCCUUGGUGUAUGAUUAGGGAUGUACUAAGUUUUGGAGCUUACAACUCAUCUGUCUGGCUGGUGGUCUGCUUCACCAUCGAACGUUUUAUUGCAAUUACGACACUGUGGCGUAAAUCCAGGUUAUGUAGUAAAAAAUGCACUCUUUAUGUGAUAUGCUCUGUCUUUAUCCUCAGUCACCUUUUUUCUAUACCAUAUUAUUGGGCUAAUGAGUCUAAGCUAAUAAAUGAAACUGGAAGCUUUAAGUGUAUCUACCACACUGGUCGAUCAAGGCUAUAUGUAGAAAGUCUGGUGUGGUUCCAAAACACGCUUGUGUAUAUCUUGCCCUACAUUAUCAUCUUCACGCUUAAUGCUUUAGUGUUAAGACAAAUUUGCCACCACAACAAAAUCCACUGUGAAGGUCAAGACAGCAGAAGUUCGAGAAGUUUUCCUCAUAUAAAAAAGCAUAGAGUGAAAUCAGUGGUGCUUCUAGUGACCAUUUCAUUGACUUUUGUCUACUUGUGCACCACAAGAUUUGUCACACAAAUCAUUAUCAAGACAAUGCAUUACAAAAUAGAAAGAAAAGAUUACAGUAAGAUUAUCAAUGUUGCUGCUGACAUUGGAACCAUGCUGGACCUCACAAACACUGCAAUCAAUAUGUAUCUGUAUGCCUGUACCCAAUCCAGGUUUCGAAAAGAGUUACGGGAGAUGUUAAAAAUAAGGACAAAUCCAUGCAGAACGGACCUUCUGCACGCUAAUAUUCAUGGGAUCUUUCAGAUUUCAUCUAGAAAACUCUGUUGUAGGUCACAGAACAUGGUUUCUUAAUAAAGUGUGUCUCUUGAUAAAUCUGUAUGAAUUUUAGUAAGACUUAUCAGUGUCCAUCAAACAUUAACAAUAAUUUAAUAA